AUGAAGUUCUCACUUGUUUUGAUGCCCUUGAUGCUGCUCGGGGAUGUCGUCUCCGCACAGAGCAGUUUGAACGACAUCUGCACCGGUAGCGCCAACUCGGGUUGCAAGGCGACUAUCACGGUUCCCAACGGUGUCAAGGUCAUCAGGACGAAAAAAACGUUCACAAAGGACAACCCGUGCAAGACCAAGAAGACGGUCACCGUCAAGUGUCCCACAAAGGCAAAUCCCAAGAGGACAUGCAAAAAAAAAAGCCAAUGCGUAAAGGGCAAGGAUGUCUUCACCAAGAACGUCGCUACGGGCCUCCAGAUCACCUACGUCAAGAUCAACGUCUGCAACAAGAUCCGUCAAGUCCUAGGCAAGACCCUCGGAGACAAGUUCCUCAAGGCCAGGGGUCCCAUCUGUAACUGCUUCCAGAAGCUGCGCACCUUGAACAACCAGGGAAAGUUUACGUCUUCUUCAUUGGGUAACUUUGACUUGGCCAACGAAAACUACCUCGAACAGGCCCAGGAUUUGCAAAAGGUCAAUUGGUCACUAACAGUAGUCCAGCUUGAGAUUUCGACUUUCCGGGCCAUGAUUAUGGUCAUCCAUCCCUGCCGUGUUACGGGCGUCUGCGACUACAACCUGAUUCACACCGUCUUCAAAAACUACCUCUUCGCCACAUACCGAACCCUCCUCGUCCCCAUCAUCCCCGUCACAAUCCGCUGGAGAGAUGCUCUCGUUGGACUUGAAAAGUCCACUGGUUACGUUCUGAACCAAACAAGCAAUGUCACUGAAGCCUUCUAUGACAUCGAGUCGACCCUCAACAACUACAGACACUACAUUUGCGGCGAGCUCAACUACUGCGAGGGCAAUCGUUUUCAUAUUCAAAAGUUCAUGGGAAAUGUCGACAAUGUGAUGAGUAUGACUUAUAGUCUCAUCCAGGCUAGGCAGCCCCUUGCUAGCCACAAGGACACGGUCACUAGUCUAUCGGGCGACGUGAACACACUCAUGUCAAACUGGGCCAAGGUCCCAACACCCAACGAGUUGGUCAGCAAGAUCAGGAACAACGAGAUCAAAGUUGCCAAGGACAUCUUCAAGUUCAUGCCUGUCGUGCAGGGAAUGCCAACCACUGCCAAGAAGGUCACUACUGAGCUCGGCCCUCUAAAGUCGUUUGUCAGCCAAUAUCUUGCGGAAUCAGAGAACCUUUAUGAUCUUAUUACCAGCAUGGUUGAGAUUAAUUGGGAGAGGGACCACCAGGAAGAGUUUGGCAACGACCAAUACGGCGUGUAUGUGCGCAACGGGCUCAUUUCCAUCCAGGGCCACCUCAACGAAGCCCUAGCCGAUGCCGUCAAGGUCUACUUCUGGCUCAUUCGUGCCGUCGACUUCCAGCUCAAGGACUUUUCUCUCACAAACGGACGCUGGAGAAUGGAGACUGGCACUACACCUUACCAGCGAUGGACUACUCUGCACAUGGACAUGCCCUGCACAAAGAUCACCAAGACUCCGUACAAGGCUGAAGGCCUGAGCAAGUUGUCCAACUCGCACCGGGUCUACUGGAAGUGUCCCUUCGGGCCCCAUGACACUCAUUAUCCCAUGGUUCACGUUCCAUACGUGAGGAUGUACGAAUGA